CAAGUAAUUACGUGUAAGGUACAGCCAGUACCUUAACUUUGACAGCGACCUCGGCCGAAACUCUAAGCUCACUUUUGGAAACUUGUCAACUUGCCCCAGGGCUCAUAUAACAUGCUUACUUGAUACGACAAGCAAAGCGGCUCAGCCCGCGACUAAUCCGUGAAAACCCCCAAUUCAUAUCGACAUUCAGAUUCAUCUACUCAAUCCUUCGGACCAAAGACGGCUUAACGUUGUACAGAGCCCGGGGGGAGCUAAAGAUGGCUGAUGCUGGACAAUCCCCGGGCCCAGGUGGUUUCUUCCCGCCAGAGUCGAUGCCAUCACCAGCUCCUAGCAAUGCAUCCAGUCGAUCAACAGUUUUGCUUCCCCAUCCCCGAAAGAAAGCUCUGCUCGGCGGUUCGAACAAAGAGGACCUUGUGCGCCGCUACGUCGAAGAGCAAAUGGCUCUCAUAUCGCGUCGCUACGUGAAGAAGUACACCGAGGCCAUGCCUGGGGAUGAUAUCGUCGGUUACGAAAGCAUGAGCGACGUCUGCAAGGACAUUCACAAGAUCAUCGAUGUUCUCUGGCUCUCGGGAACCCCCAGCCUGCAGAUCCCAUUCCUGCUCAACAUAGCGAGCGACCUCACCAAGUACGUCGUCUCCUUCCCGCCCGCGCCGCGCGCCACCUUCUCCGUGCUGCGCAAGCUAGACCACUGCUUCGCCAGCCUAUUAGGCGGGGAGGACGUAGACACGAGGGAACCCCUCCCCGGGUUCGAGAACGGGCUGCGCGCCGGCAUGACCACAACCGACAUGGUGCGGUGCCGCAGCUCCGUCGAGCAGACCCGCGUGCUGAUGGUCGAGGUGCUCAGUUCCGCCGAGGACGUGGAGGACGAGUCCGAUGAGCCGCAGACCGAAACCGACACCGACGCCCCGGACGACCCGGCGGUGUGGACGGAGGACGAUGACCGGCUACACAUGGACGUGGCCCGCGUCUAUGAGAAGACCCUGGUUCAGUUAGGCCAGCGGUUGGGGGAUGUCUUUGGCGCCACGCCUGCCCAGACAGCACCAGCAGGGGGUUGUGGUUAGGCUAUCGGCCGAGGCAGAUAGAUUUGGGGCCUAGCCUACGUUUUUGAGGAAGGCAGUAUGCUUCCCUUUCAUUUUCGAGAGUAUCGUAUCUCCGUCUGAGAUGCUUCUCCCGACCAUUUACAGGGUGGUCUUGCUUCGUACCUGCCCAGCAGAUGGACAAGUGAGAUCUAGUUGGUCGAGUAGUACGGAGACGUAGCGCAUUGUAAUAUAUUUUCAUGAAAUCUCGAUAGGCUGAAUUUGAUCUAAUGACAGGCUGAUCGGCUUGUACACGAUAUCCCAUUUACACUUGCACAGGCUCUCCGAUGAUGUCUGGAAAGCCUUAACUGCUGUUUCUAUAGCGAACUGUUCCGGCC